AUGGUCAUUGCUUUUUUCACUAUUCUAGCUGUCCUUCCUGUCGUGAUUUUCAUGACCACCAAACGGGUCCGCAUUAGAGUAAUCAAACUCGAGUCCUAUUGGGAAUCUCUCGUUUGGACGUGUCGUCUCUGGAGGUCUAGGCUAAUCUUUCCAAACACUCUUGCCGACUGGUAUCACAAGGACUUGGAAAACAUGGACGCCGAAUUUAUCUACGUACAAAGCAUCUGGAUAUUUCUACUCCCUUUCUUUGUUUCAAGAGGAUAUGCAAUGUAUCAAAGAGACCCUGUCAGCUUUGGCGAUCUAAAUCCUCCUCAAUUCCCCCCUGCUGCGAAGACCACUUCGUAUCCUUAUGCUCGUCAAGUCCCAAGCAGAAGUCUCAACCCCAGGAGACCAUGGUCAAUACGUAUCUGGGCAGCUCGUGAUGCUCUCGGAAGAGAUGUUAUGAUCAAGGUGAUAUCGGAGGUCGACAAACCAUCGAAUGAACUGAAGGUCAUGCAACUCCUUAAUAGCAAAAAAUUGCGAUCCGACCCGGGAAAUCAUACUAUCUACGCCCUCGACUACAUUACUUUCGAUAAAUUCAUCUUUGUAGUGAUGCCCAGAUGGGAUAGUAGCAUUCUCCCUGAAUUCGAAACCGUUUCGGAACUAAUGUUGUUUGCCAAAACAGUUCUGGAGACGUUUGACUUUUUGCACCGCAACAAAGUCGUGCAUUUAGACUGUCUUACACAGAAUAUUGGUAUGAACGCCGUCUUGGAGUCCUCGGAAACCAGUCGUAGAACAGGACUACGAGAUCCAAAGGAGGUUCGAUACGCCCUUUUUGAUUUUGGUGCCUCUGAAAUUUUCCCAGAGGAUACUAACAUUGAAGAGGCGCGUAUCUCGCGGCGGGACCUCAACUUUGGUUUGCAUGGCGUCCCGCCUGAAUCAGUUACUUUCCCGUACAAUCCAUUUCGGAUGGAUGUUGCUUUCAUGGGUAACUCCCUUGAAACAUAUGUCAGACACCUUGAAAACAGAAUUCCCGAGUUGGGGCCGUUCUUCGACUCAUUGGUUGAUGUCAAUGACCCCAAUCAACUUUCAGCCAGUCAGGCCUUUUCUCGCUUUACAAACAUAUGCAAUGGUCUUAGCCCUGAGGUAGCAAAUGCUCCUAAUGAAGCCUUCAUUUGGCAAGAUGGAGCUGUCCUAAAGAGAUAUGGCGAUAUCAUUACCAUACCUGACCCAACAGAUUUCUGA